GGAGAGAAUGCCAGCCGGCGGAUUAGGGACGCCCUGUUCAGGUAACAGCCGGGACUGCGCGGGUGAUUAGUUCGGGACAUCUUUGCCGAAUGAAUGAACUGCGUCGGGGAAAUACCUGGACGGAAUUCCAGGUACUUGGUGGUGGGAAAAUCUUUCGGACUUGGGUCGCUCGCUAUUUGUGGGAGGCGCUCGCCCUGAUUACCUAGAGUUGCAUAAAACGGAAUGCCGGGAGGAGGGGCAGCACAGUAGCCACAAAGACAUCGAAGCACACACACAGCUAUCAAUCAAUCAAUUGGCGAUCAUAAUGGAGAACUACACCCACAAGAAAUUCACAGCAGCUCUGAAGCGGAAGCGCAGCCAGGACUCUGAAUCUGACGACGAUGUGAUCUUCGUCAUGGAGCAGCCUGGCCAGCGGACUCCCGAGCAGCCCCCAUCCAAGCGUCGCUUCUUCCGUCCUUGGCUGGACGAGCCAGAAAAGACAAAGCAGCCGGAGCCGCCGCGCAAGACCAUGGUAACACCACCACUGGUGGAUCCCACCUACCAGGCCAAUAUGGUGCGCAGCCACAAGCGACGCCAGCGCAGUCCGCAGGAGCAACUGCGUCGGGAUCGCAACACCCUGGCUAGCCUGCGGCACCGGCGAUCGCAGCAGCAGCAGCAACAGCUCAUCGAGCAGCAAUACCUGACGAGUCGGAUCCAGCACGAGGCCAACCUGGAGCAGCAGAUUCGCCUUAGUCUCUACUAUGUGCGGUUUCUUCAGCAGACCAUGGCCACCAUAGAGCCGUUGCCACCGACGAACCACCAGCAGAUGUCCCUUGUCCACCAGGCCACAACCCAACAUCCUUGAAUGGAUAUCGACUUGGCGCUGUCUCAGUGCUUUAAGUACUUGUACAUAUUAAUAUUAGGAACAUCCAAAAUGACCUUGUGAUUACUUUUAAAGUAUUAUUUAUUUGUUUAAUUGACUUAACAAUAAAAC